UUCUGAAAAACAAGUCUUGCGUAAAAUCGUGGUGCAGUUGUUCACAGAUUAUAGUAUUUUCUUGUGAAAUUUAGAAAAUUUUACUAUAUAAUCGUUUGAAUGCAUUAAAAGUUAUAAUCAUAGGCAAAAUAUCGAACGAUGACUAAGAAAAAACCUUUAGGCGCUGGACUAAGCCGAGACGAACGUAUGCUGAUUGUCGUUGGCGAAAUCAUUCAGGAACUUCUAAAAGCCCACCAGGAAGGAAAAGAUGUCAAUCUAAACCGUCUGAAAACACGGCUUGCUUCCAACUACGGGUUAUCAAGUGCUCCUCGGUUGGUGGACAUCAUCGCUGCGGUUCCUCACGAGGCGAAACCGAUUCUGCUACCGAAGCUUAAGGCGAAACCUAUUCGAACGGCGAGUGGGAUUGCUGUCGUCGCAGUGAUGUGCAAGCCGCAUCGUUGUCCGCAUAUUAAUAUGACCGGAAACAUUUGUGUGUACUGUCCUGGUGGACCCGAUAGCGAUUUUGAAUAUUCGACGCAGAGCUACACUGGUUAUGAGCCAACUUCGAUGAGAGCAGUACGCGCUCGGUAUAAUCCGUUCCUGCAAACAAGACAUCGUGUAGAGCAACUGAAACAGCUCGGCCACUCGGUGGACAAGGUGGAGUUUAUAGUAAUGGGUGGAACGUUUAUGUGUCUGCCGGAAGAUUAUAGAGACUAUUUUAUUCGCAACCUACACGACGCUCUUUCGGGUCAUACGAGUUCUAGUGUGGAAGAAGCUGUUCGAUACUCGGAGAAAUCUCACACCAAAUGUAUAGGGAUAACGAUUGAAACACGUCCAGAUUAUUGCUUGAAGCGUCACCUCUCAGAUUUACUAGCCUACGGCUGCACUAGAUUGGAAAUUGGAGUUCAAUCCGUAUACGAGGAUGUUGCUAGAGAUACGAACCGUGGCCACACGGUAAAGGCAACCUGUGAAAGUUUUCAAAUGUCGAAAGACGCUGGCUUUAAAGUUGUUUCGCAUAUGAUGCCAGACCUUCCGAAUGUGGAUAUCGAACGAGACAUCGAGCAGUUUAUAGAGUUCUUUGAAAAUCCUGACUUUCGCGCAGAUGGUUUAAAAAUCUAUCCAACCUUAGUUAUUCGUGGUACCGGACUGUACGAGCUGUGGAAAACCGGUCGAUACAAGAGCUAUCCACCCUCGACUUUGGUUGAUUUGGUAGCAAAGAUUCUCGCAUUGGUUCCACCAUGGACACGUGUUUAUCGCGUUCAGCGAGAUAUACCAAUGCCACUGGUUAGUUCCGGAGUAGAGCAUGGUAAUCUUCGAGAGCUUGCUCUAGCUCGAAUGAAAGAUCUUGGAACCGAUUGUCGUGACGUACGAACCAGAGAAGUUGGAAUUCAGGAGAUCCACAACAAGGUGCGCCCGUAUGAAGUAGAGCUUAUCCGAAGGGAUUAUGUCGCAAAUGGCGGCUGGGAAACGUUUCUUUCGUACGAGGAUCCCACACAAGACAUACUGGUCGGAUUAUUGAGAUUGCGAAAGUGUUCACCGGAUACCUUCAGGCCCGAGUUAAUCGACAGCUGUUCGAUUGUCAGAGAACUCCACGUGUAUGGGUCAGUUGUACCGGUCAAUGCCAGGGAUCCGACCAAGUUUCAACAUCAAGGUUUUGGAAUGUUACUGAUGGAAGAAGCGGAACGCAUUGCACGAGAAGAACAUGGUAGCAAGAAGUUGGCAGUUAUUUCCGGGGUUGGAACGAGGAAUUACUACCGAAAGAUGGGUUACGAGCUGGAUGGUCCUUAUAUGUCUAAAAUUUUGGAUUAGUUCCUACAGAUUGUGUAUAGUUUAAAUAAAUAUUAAAAGUUUCUUUA